CGGCGCCGGCCCUGCUCCGCAGCCUCGGCUUCCGGCGCCCGGCGCCCCCCGCCCUGCCGCCCCUACCCCUUCACCCGCGCCUCUCCAGGCUUUCCCCACCCUCUCCCUCGCCCCGAGGGGUCCCCAGCCUGCUCCCUCUCGUCGUCCAUUUGUUGUUUGAUGUUUCCGACUCUUGAGGAAGGAUGGUUGAUCUGGAGAGCGAAGUGCCCCCUCUGCCUCCUAGGUACAGGUUUCGAGAUCUGCUGCUAGGGGACCAAGGAUGGCAAAACGACGACAGGGUACAAGUUGAAUUCUAUAUGAACGAAAAUACAUUUAAAGAGAGAUUAAAGUUAUUUUUCAUUAAAAACCAGAGAUCAAGUCUAAGAAUACGCCUGUUCAAUUUUUCUCUCAAAUUAUUAAGCUGCUUAUUAUACAUAAUCCGAGUACUACUAGAAAACCCUUCACAAGGAAAUGAAUGGUCCCACAUAUUCUGGGUGAACAGAAGUCUGCCUUUAUGGGCCUUGCAGGUCUCAGUGGCAUUGAUAAGUCUAUUUGAAACACUACUACUUGGUUAUCUCAGUUAUAAGGGAAACAUUUGGGAACAGAUUUUACGAAUACCCUUCAUCUUGGAAAUUAUUAAUGCGGUUCCCUUCAUUAUUUCAAUAUUCUGGCCUUCAUUAAGGAAUUUAUUUGUUCCGGUCUUUCUAAACUGUUGGCUUGCCAAACAUGCCUUGGAAAAUAUGAUUAAUGAUCUGCACAGAGCCAUUCAGCGUACACAGUCGGCAAUGUUUAAUCAAGUUUUGAUUUUAAUAGCUACAUUACUAUGCCUUAUCUUCACCUGCAUUUGUGGAAUCCAGCAUCUGGAACGAAUAGGCAAGAAGCUAAAUCUCUUUGACUCUCUCUAUUUUUGCAUUGUGACAUUUUCAACUGUGGGCUUUGGUGAUGUCACUCCUGAAACGUGGUCCUCCAAGCUCUUCGUGGUUGCCAUGAUCUGUGUUGCUCUUGUGGUUCUUCCAAUACAGUUUGAACAGUUGGCAUAUUUGUGGAUGGAGAGACAAAAGUCAGGUGGAAAUUAUAGUCGGCACAGAGCACAGACUGAAAAGCAUGUUGUUCUUUGUGUCAGUUCACUGAAGAUUGAUUUGCUCAUGGAUUUUUUAAAUGAAUUCUAUGCUCACCCAAGACUACAGGAUUAUUAUGUGGUGAUCUUGUGUCCUACUGAGAUGGAUGUGCAGGUUCGAAGGGUGCUACAGAUUCCAAUGUGGUCCCAAAGAGUCAUCUACCUUCAAGGGUCAGCCCUUAAAGACCAGGACCUAUUGCGAGCAAAGAUGGAUGAUGCUGAAGCCUGCUUUAUUCUGAGCAGCCGCUGUGAGGUGGACCGAACUUCAUCGGAUCACCAAACUAUUUUGAGAGCAUGGGCUGUAAAAGAUUUUGCUCCAAAUUGCCCUUUGUAUGUCCAGAUACUAAAGCCUGAAAAUAAAUUUCAUAUCAAAUUUGCUGAUCAUGUUGUUUGUGAAGAAGAGUUUAAAUAUGCCAUGUUAGCUUUAAACUGUAUAUGCCCUGCAACAUCUACACUUAUUACACUACUGGUCCAUACUUCCAGAGGGCAGGAAGGCCAGCAAUCCCCAGAACAAUGGCAGAAGACAUAUGGCAGGUGCUCUGGGAAUGAAGUGUACCACAUUGUUUUAGAAGAAAGUACAUUUUUUGCUGAAUAUGAAGGAAAAAGUUUUACAUAUGCUUCUUUCCAUGCCCACAAAAAGUUUGGUGUCUGCUUGAUUGGUGUUAGGAGGGAGGAUAAUAAAAACAUUUUGCUGAAUCCAGGUCCUCGAUACAUUAUGAAUGCAACAGACAUAUGCUUUUAUAUUAACAUUACCAAAGAAGAGAAUUCAGCAUUUAAGAACCAAGACCAGCAAAGAAAAAGCAAUGUGCCAAGGUCAUUUUAUCAUGGACCUUCUUCCAGAUUACCUGUACAUAGCAUAAUUGCCAGCAUGGGUACUGUGGCCAUAGAUUUACAAGAUACAAGCUGUAGAUCAGUAAGUGGUCCCACGCUGGCUCUUCCUGUAGAAGGAAGCAAAGACAUAAGAAGACCUAGUAUUGCUCCUGUUUUAGAGGUUGCAGAUACAUCAUCAAUUCAAACCUGUGAUCUUCUAAGUGACCAAUCAGAAGAUGAAACUGCACCAGAUGAAGAAAUGUCUUCAAAUUUAGAGUAUGCUAAAGGCUACCCACCUUAUUCUCCCUAUAUAGGAAGUUCACCCACAUUUUGUCAUCUCCUCCAUGAAAAAGUGCCAUUUUGCUGCUUAAGAUUAGACAAGAGUUGCCAGCAUAACUACUAUGAGGAUGCAAAAGCUUAUGGAUUCAAAAAUAAGCUAAUUAUAGUUGCAGCUGAAACAGCUGGAAAUGGAUUGUAUAAUUUUAUUGUUCCUCUCAGGGCAUAUUAUAGACCAAAGAAAGAACUUAAUCCCAUAGUACUGCUAUUGGAUAACCCCCUAGAUGAUUUGCUCAGGUGUGGAGUGACCUUCGCCGCCAACAUGGUGGUGGUGGACAAAGAGAGCACCAUGAGUGCUGAGGAGGACUACAUGGCGGACGCCAAAACCAUCGUCAACGUGCAGACUCUCUUCAGGUUGUUCUCCAGUCUCAGUAUUAUCACAGAGCUUACUCACCCAGCAAACAUGAGAUUCAUGCAAUUCAGAGCCAAAGACUGUUACUCUCUUGCUCUUUCAAAGCUGGAAAAGAAAGAACGAGAGCGAGGUUCCAACUUAGCCUUUAUGUUCCGGCUGCCUUUCGCUGCUGGAAGAGUGUUUAGCAUCAGUAUGUUGGACACACUGCUCUACCAGUCAUUUGUGAAGGAUUAUAUGAUUUCUAUCACCAGACUUCUGUUGGGCCUGGACACGAUACCAGGAUCAGGGUUUCUCUGUUCUAUGAAAAUCACUGAGGAUGACUUAUGGAUCCGAACUUAUGCCAGGCUUUAUCAGAAACUGUGUUCUUCUACUGGAGAUGUUCCCAUUGGAAUCUACAGAACUGAAUCUCAGAAACUUACUACAUCUGAGUCUCAAAUAUCUAUCAGUGUGGAAGAGUGGGAAGAUACAAAAGAUUCCAAAGAGCAAGGGCACCACCGCGGCAACCACCGCAACUCGACCUCCAGCGACCAGUCUGAUCACCCCUUGCUUCGGAGGAAGAGCAUGCAGUGGGCCCGAAGACUGAGCAGGAAAGGUCCAAAACACUCUGGUAAAACAGCUGAAAAAAUAACCCAGCAGCGACUGAACCUCUACAGGAGGUCAGAAAGACAAGAGCUUGCUGAACUUGUGAAAAAUAGAAUGAAACACUUGGGUCUUUCUACAGUGGGAUAUGAUGAAAUGAAUGACCACCAAAGCACCCUGUCCUACAUCCUGAUUAACCCAUCUCCUGAUACCAGGCUUGAGCUGAAUGAUGUUGUAUACCUAAUCAGACCUGACCCACUGGCCUACCUUCCAAACACUGAACCUAGUCGGAAAAACAGCAUCUGCAAUGCCCCUGGCCAAGACUCGCGGGAAGAAACCCAACUUUGAUAACAAAAUAUGAGAAACUUUUUUUUUUUUAUUUCUAUGAGGAUCUUGCUUGAAAACACUGAAGUGUUGCUGCCACUGAAAGAAAGUAGAUUAGAGUAUAUUUAAUUCUCUCAUAUUUAAAAAGAAAAUCUGUUAGAUGUAUAGAGAAUUUUAAAAUUUAAUGAACCAUUUAUUGGUACUUCCCUUGUUGAUAUUGAAAAGAUGUCAUGAAAUGAUUAUGAAAAACUAAAUUAAAAAACAAAAUGAAAUCUGAUUUUUGAUGUUUGAGUAUGGCCUGAACUGUACACAACCCAAAUUAAUAUGGUUUUAUGAAAGUGAAAAUUCUAAUGGUAUUUGGUACAUCAUAAUAGGCAUAGAAGACUGUUGCUCCUACUAACAUUUAAAUUGUCACAUAUAUUCUUUAAACUUGUUGUUUUAUAAAAUGGAGCUCAUCAUAAAUGCCUGGUCUUCCCUAUGUAGGGAUUAACCAACAAACUCAUAUGGCUGAAUUUUGUGUAAAAAUUAUAGUUUGCUUUAGUGUACAAGACUUUAUUUUAACUUUUUUUCUGUCUGCCUUUUCAUUUGAUAUUGUAUUCAUUUUAGAAUUACAGAUGUUCAUAGCAUGUUUACUAAACAAAAAGAUAUAUUCAGUACCUGAACUUUUUGGUAACUUAAUACUUAGCACACAUUUUAGUAUACAAAAAGUCAAAUAUCUAGUCUUCUCCUUAAAAAAUGCCUAGCAUGGAGAAAAUACUUUAAGAAUAUUUGUUGAUUUAAAUAGAAAAAUUGAAUCUUUAA